AUGGGGCUGAUAAGACCAACUGGAGCCUACUUAACCAGCAUCGCCAGUUGCAAUGAGUUCAUUCACAUCCAGCCCGUUUGCUUGGUACUUAGUCCCUCCAGUGUGCCCAAUGUGGAUGAAUAUCAGGUUUUUGGGUGGGGUAAAACGGUGACACAUUAUAAUUCCAAUGUGCUGCAGACCACAGUACUCACGCGUUACAGUCUUGAAUACUGUAGGCUGAAUCUUGAAGCGCCAGUCACCCAAAACCAGAUUUGCGCUGGUCACGUGGAACGGGACACCUGUAACGGAGACUCCGGCGGACCUCUCGUGACGAAGGUGAACUUCGACGGAGUCAAUCGCUACCUGCAGCUGGGCAUCGUGAGCUUCGGCCCGAAUAGAUGUAGAAGUCCAGGAGUCUAUACAUUUGUGCCGAAUUACAUUGAUUGGCUUCGCAGGGCGAUGAGGUCCCUUGGAAAUUAA